CCAGAGAAGUUCCUUCCUGGUUCAGCUGUUUUUGUUGUUUACUGAUAUUUUGCAAAGGAAUUAGUGAAUAUUGUCAUUUUUAGAAUGAGUGAUCAUCAAGGAGAUGCAAAUGAUGCAUCCAGCAAGAAAAGUAGCGCUGACAACGUCACAAAAUCUUCAAAGUCUGGUCUAAAAAUUGUCAAAAAUGAACAGUUGCCAGAAGAGUUGCUUGAACCAGAACCACCUGCACCAGAAUUUGAAUGCCCAGUCUGUCUGCAGGGUGCCAGUUUUCCUGUUCAGCUACCAUGUCGACACAUUUUCUGCUUUCUUUGUGUAAAAGGUGUUGCCAAUAGAAGUAAAAGAUGUGCUUUGUGCCGACAAGAAAUCCCUUCAGACUUCUUUAAUGAUCCAAAAUUAUUGUGUGCAAAUGAAAUUAAAGAGAAAUCGCUGUCAAUUUUUGAUGAAGGUUACCAGUGGUUUUAUGAAGGUCGGAAUGGUUGGUGGCAGUACGAUGAGCGAACAAGCUUAGAACUUGAAAAUCGCUACAAACAGGGUGAUAAAAUGUUUGAGUUGCUUAUAGCUGGAUUCUUGUAUGUAAUUGAUUUAGAAAAUAUGAGACAGUUUCGUCGUAAUGAUCAAACAAGACGAAGACGAAUAAGAAGAGACCUUCGUAAUGUUCCAGGUAUUAAGGGAAUUGCUGGACUUAAAUUUAAUGAAGAUGCUUCUGUGAGACCAAGUGGAGAUGGAGGGGAAGCAACUCAGACAAAUCCUAAUGGAGGUGCAGCAGUUACAGGCAAUAAUAAUGAUUCAGCUCUAAGCUCAAACCAACCAAUGAUACUUCCCCCUGGAGUAGAUGGCCACCCAUCGGCUGGUGAUGAUACCUACCUUACCCCUCCAGCCCCUAAUAACACACCACAAACCCCUAUGACCCCUGCAGAUAGCCAGCCAGGCAGCUUGUCAGGAUCACAAGAAGACCUUAGUAUACACCUACAGCACCUGCAUAUAAAUUCCAACAAUUCUUCAAGAGGUUCCCCAUCAGUUGAUGCUCAAGAUCAGUUUCGCAAUCGUUACAGCGAGCAAAGUUACCCAGCCCAAACAGAUGAUGGAGACUUUGACCCUUCUGAUGAUCAACAUGAUUCCGACAGCCAGCAAAAUUCUAUACAUCUGAAUUCAAGUAAUUCAUCGACUGACUCAGCAGCACAAGCAAGUUUUGCCCAACAGCAUUGUCCGAAUCGCCAAGUUCACUUGGCUCAUGUUUCCAAUACACAUGAUGAUAACAGUGAUGAUAAUGAAGAUUCUGCAGUAACAAGGGAGGGAAUUAAUCCUGGUACUGGAAGUUACGAAACUUACCUGUGAAAAAGAAUUCCUGUGAAAUUACUUUUACUGGGAGUACAUGUUAUCAAUCAUGUAUACACUUUUUUUUCUGCAGGAAAUAGUCUGACAUAUAGGGCUAAAAUCUAGUAAGAAUGUUUUCACAACAUUGCAUUCAGACAAUAACAUGCAUAAGAAGUCUUAUUUAUGGUACAGUAUUGUUUUUUUUAUAUGCAUAAGGCAAAAUCAAAUAUGGAGGCUUCACAGAACCAACCUUGGUGUGUCACGGUAUUGUUUUUAUAUCCUGACGAAGAGAAGGUUCUUCAUUAUAAUUACAUAGCAUUCACAUUUUUAUGCACCCCCCCCCCCCAACACAUUUAUGUUGGGGGGCAUAUAGCGUUGCUGCUGUCCGUACAUCCCAAAAUCUUGUGUGUUAAACUCCUCCCACACUACAUAUAAGCCUGAUUUUUUUUUCAAACUUUCACAGAUGAACAAGCUAGAUGUUCAGAUGACCAUAAAGGAAGGAUUUUUUGCUGUGACUAAUUUUACUACAGUUAUGGCCCUUAGAUAGUUUUGCUAUAUAGAAUAUAGAGAAAAAUGUGUGUCCAGCUCCUCCCAUACUAUUAGCCUCAAAGUUUCACAGAUGUCAACAAGCGUGUUGUGCAGAUGACCUUAAAGGAAGGAUUUUUUUCUGUGAGUAUUUUUACUGGAGUUAUGGCCCCUUGAUAGUUUUUGCUGUAUAGAGGAUAGCACAGUAUGUAGGGGCAUCUGCGUCCUAUGGACACAUUUCUAGUACCUUUUGUUAUAUGCCUCUUUUCAAGGAAAAGGGGCAUAUUGUUUUGCUCAGUGUGGUUGCUCUGUCUCUGUCUGUCAGUCUAUCAGUCUGUUGAAACUGAGGUAAACCAUUUGGUUUCUGAAUAAUAACUAGAGGAUGUUUGGUCCUACAGUGGUCAAACUUCAUAGGAUAAUUGCCUCUGGCCUUUUGUUUCGAGGUCAGUAUGUCAAAGAUCAAGGUCACAUUGACCUUGAGGAUGAAAACAAGUUUUCCUUUACUAAAGAACACUUGUGCCUUACACUUUGUAACUUCAUAAAAUGAUUGCCUGUUGUCAGCAGAUGACUCCCCAGUGUUUUGUUUGCUAAUAGGUUCAACUGAAAACAGUUUGUCAAUAUCUGAUCAUCUGAACCACUUUUUAGAUUUCAGAUUUCAUAGAAUGAUUGUUGUCAGGAAGACAACUCAAGGGUGAAGGUCACAGUAACUUUGGGAUUGAAAUUGAGGCUAUCAUGAGGGCAUGUAUUUAACAAACAUCUCUUAUAUCACCAUUGUUUUACUGCCAUAAUUGUUAUAUAUCACAUCUGGAGAGAUAUUACUGGCAAAAAGGGGAAACUUGACUGCUGUUUUACUCAAAAUUUUGUCCUGUAACAUAUAGAAAAGUUCAUAUACGUAGUGAGACUUGUAAAAAGCUGUUAUAUGUAACAGUCUGGCUGAAAAGCUACAUUUUUGUACCAUGUUCAUGUAUUGUCUGUGUAAAAUGUCUAAAGCCAUAUUACUUUUGGAUAAGGGCUGUUAGAACUCUUAAGGUAAUUAUGGUUUGAUACAAGUUUUCCCUGUAUUGUCUGAAAUACGAUAUAUGCUCUUGUAACUUUAUUUUAUUCUUAUUAACUUAACUUGCUCAAUAAUGCACGGCUACUAAACGCUAGCGCCACCACCAAAUUGUGGUGAUAAGGAAAAGAGCUAUCGACAUUUCCGUGGUGCAGCUAUCGUCCGUUUCUACUUGUAAACACGUGAGUAAAAUUUAUAUUUUAUCUUAUAUUUUCAUUGAUAGAACUUUUUUCGAAAAUCGGAGAAUUAGUGCGAUCAAUUCGUAACAGAAAAUGCCAAAAUACUUCAGAAAAUGGGAAAAGCACCAAAAUUGGCACAGCUAUUUAUUAAAGCAUUAAAAACAUUUUUUUCAUGGGACCCAUUUGAUAUCUGUCAAGAUGGCCGAUAUGGCGGCCAUUUUCCAAAAUGGCCACCAAAACUCAAUAUUUACCUUAGAAGAUUCUAAUGAAAGGUCAUUAUAUUUACAUUCACCCCCAAAAUGCACUAAAUAUAAAUGUAUAUAAUAAAAUAAAUCUUAAAUUUGCAUCAAAUGCAAAAAUAACAAUUCAAAUGAUGUUAGUUUCUUUCUGUUUCCAUGGUAACAGCAAAAAUCUAACCUUUAAAACUUAGUUUAAUAUUAUCAUUGUGUAGUUUUCAUAUUUUAAAGAAUAUUUUGUUUUAAUAUAUGUAAUUUAUAUUAUUUCACUUGAAUUCCCUCCACAGCAGCAUAUUGAAACAUUGUUGUUAUUCCCUUACCAGUAUUUAGCCAGAUUGGGCUUAUGGGUUGCCCCUGUAUGCAUGUCAAUACGUCAGCCAUGCAGAGUGGGAUACUGCAAUAACUUUGAAACUACAGCAGAAUUUUUCAUGAUAUGUGGUACAUGGAUAGAUGGCAAUGCAGAGAAUGCCAAUGUCAUUUAAAUUUGUUCCUAUGGCAACAAAUGUUGUUGCUAUGGCAACAAAUAGUGCACGAAUAUGACACAAAGUGUCAUCCUGCAUUUCUUCAAAACAAGGAGAGAUUGUUUCUUGAGAAAUUUUACAUAGACAGAGGGACAAAUUGAGAACAUGCUUGUUAUCUUAUUUUCUCCUCUUGUACAUCAUUUUGUCCGUCUGUAUGUUGGUCCAUCAUUUGCAAAUGGCGGAUUCUUCAAUAACUUCAAAAUUGCAAAUUCUAAAGACUGCUUUAUGAAACCUUGUUUAUAGAUGGUAAGUAAUAUGGAGAAUGUGAAGGUCAAUUAACUUAGUUGCUAUAUAAAAUUGUAGUUUCUUUGACACCAAGUACGACAACUACCCCUUUCAGUUUGGGACUUCGAAAUGCAAGAAUAGAUUAUAGCAACGGGCUAGUAGGAUCAAAUGAAACAAUGUUCCUUAUUAUGCACCCGCUGUCACAAUGUCUGUGUAAUAAAUUGCUAACUGUGUAACAAAGAAGAGUAAGGCUGAAAAUAUAAAAGUUGCUUUCAUGGACAACACUUAGUAACUAUUCUGUGAAAUAUAUUACUCUGAACAGUGAGCUGAAAUCUGAAAUAAGGUACAUGUCAGAUACUCUUGUCAGUACACACAAGCACAAGAUUGUCGACAACUUAAGUUAACUUGCAUAAGGUAGUGCAGAGCAUUUCAGCACUUUUGACAAAUUACGUCUUCCUCGGCAGACUUUAUCGAGGUUGCAAAUGCACUUGAGGAGCUAUUGGUACGAGACUCGGGUACUUGAGACAAAAACUAUUGGAAAGGUUCCAAUAUAUCAAAGAUCUUUCUGGUCAGCCUUAUUUAUCUUGACUUGGAAUUAUAGGAAAGUGGUAGAACACCCGACACCCAUAUGUGCCCGACCUAAUGGGCAACCUUUUUUAGUAUGUUCAAGAGGUGUAGCAGACGAUGCAGGAAUGCACAUUAUAGCCCUAAUCUAUAUGUGAACAGAUGGUUGAUCAAGCUACUUGACAUGUUUUGCUGUAAAGAAGAGUAUCGAAAGCCUCCAUUUAUACCCCAGAAAUAUAAUACGAACAGUUUGUUUGUAGGAAGAUGUAGAAAAUGCAUUUAAAAGCUUGAUUCACCGGUAAGCGCGAGCUGUACUGGUUAGUUUUCUUUGACAAGACAGUGUUAUUCUUACGUUGGACUGCUUAACUGGAAGUACAAAUGGUAAAUAGAUAAUAUUUGUCGUCUUAAAACUAGUAAUUUAAAUUGGUAUUAAAAUUGUGUUUCGAAUGUACCUGUGCUCAUUAGAAAAAUCCUCAAGUACUCACAUUUAAUUUAAUUUUAAUUUCAGUAAAAUGUCCAGAAAUAGAUAUAAGAGCACAUUUUUCUUGUAGAAAUUAUAGAUUCUGCUCUUAAUUUAUACCCCCGUUACACUCAGCCACGUUCCCACUACGUCGUAAAAACUAGCAGGACGCAGUAAGAACUUGUACAAUGUAGAAGAAAUACAGUAGAUUCCGAUAAGAACAUGAUAAUUAAUAAUUAUGGUCUUCAUGAGUGUAGAGAACGCGGUCGAAUUUUGGACAUGUUCAAAACAAAUGUAGUGAGAACGCGGUCUAAUCAGGAAGCAGGAAGGACGUAGUAACGAUGUAACUAAAACCUAGUAGGACAUAGUACAAGCGUGGUGCGGACGGGAAAGGCUGCAUGGCCUGCUCACUGCGCUGUCAUUGUGUUAUCAUUGCGUUCUUGCUACGUCAAUGAAGUUCUAACUACAACUUAUCUACGCUUGUGUGCUAUGACCAUGCUACGUGCAUGCCACAUUGUGGUAUACCGCAUAAGGUUAUUAAUAAGUUCUUUCGGUUCUGAACACAUCUCUGUCACGUUUGCAGCAGGUUCUCACCAUGAUUGGUUCAGAUUCUGAAAAUUAAGUAUGAAUACUGGAUCCAAUUCCCAAUCACUUCGUUUUCAAUCAGUAAUGGGUAUCGAACAUCAUCAGGAAUUGCCACAUAAUCAUGGACUCAGCAGCACUGGCAGCUUGUAGUGGACGUUUGGACCUCCGUAUAUCCUUCACACUGCUUUUGCUUAUUCCAACGCAGUCUCUCUAUAAGACUUUUUUCUUCAUUGGGGCGUUGGGGUGGGGUGGGGGGUCGUCGUUUAUUGUAAUUUAUGGUUGUUGAGUGUAGAUGCGGACACAAUUAUGUCAAUAUAAUUUGCAGAAGGAAUGAAAAAAAAAAGAGGGACAUGGCGUAGUAUUUAUAAGUAGCCGACGAAUGCACUGAAAAGGUGAUAAGCAUAUGGUUAAAGCAUGGUAAGCGAGAGGUGCAAUCUGGCUGAUCGUACUAAAAAUGUAGUAAGAACACACUGGACGUGAAGAAGCGCGUGGUAAGAAAAUUAGUGUGAACGUGUUAGACACCGUAAGAACCUGGCAAGGAUGUUAAAAGCGCGCAGUAUGAACUUUAGAACUGCACAUUUUUCGAGUUUGAUCCCCGUCCCCACCGCGUGAAAAUUUUCAGGAAGCAGUAUGAUCUUCAUGGUCUUUGCCUGAGAGUGAUCAGGGCAUUAGUGACUGUACAUUAUAUGCUUAUGACAUUAAACUAUAAAACCAUUGUUAUGGCACAAUGUGCUACAAUUUGACAAAAACAGAAUAUUACAGGGACAUGCAAAUGUAAAUUUGAUUACGCUGAUCAACCGGCAAUGACUUUUUCCCACAGAAAUCAUGAUGAUCUGAUAGGCCAGGGAUGUUCACAUGGUCUAUCACACUAAUAUAAUUAAUGAAUUAUAUAGUUUUAUUAAGUGUCAUUACUUCUCUUAGUGUAAAUAAAUUGAAAUGAAUACAGCAACACUUACAAAUUCUGAGUCACGAAAACUAAUGACAAAGUGAAACACAUGUCAUUUAUUCACUAAUACACAUUACAGACUAAAACUUCGUUUGCUCAAACUCUGAUAAUUCGAACACCAUUCUUCAAUUAAUCUAUCGUCAGGUCCCAAACAAAUUCCUUUAUGGUAUAUUUUUCGAUCACUCAUACUACCGAUAAUUCGAAUAAAUUUAGUCGGUCCUGAUGGGUUCCAGUUACCGAAGUUCGAAUGUAUUUAUAAUUAAUUAAUUUACAAUUGUUGUAAAUUUCUGCACAGGACUGUUGCCAUUUUAAACAGUCUUGAUAUGCCAGUUACCAUUAUAUACUUAAUUUUGAUUCAUAUAAAUGUAUUAUGACUUUUCUUCUGCUUAAUAGCACAUUUUAUCCAAGGGAGACAACUUUUUUCAUUUUUGUUGGAAGAGCGGUAUUUUUGUUAAUAUAGUAUGUUUGGAUUUAUUCAGGCAGGUGGUUUUAGCUUAUUAUGCUGAUGACUGUAAGUGUCAAUAGAAAUUUUAUAUAUAAUAUUAUGUAUUUUUUAAAAUAUAUACACAUAUGGCGGCCAUCUUGGAUUUUUCGGCCAUAUUGGAUUUUUCGGAGUGGGUCUCAUGCUCAUUUUUAGUAUUUUGCCCUAAAGUAGUUAUGUACCAAGUUUCAUGCUUUUCCCAUUUUUUGAAGUAUUUUUACACCAUUUUACUGUACUAAAUGUAGUUCCGUGUAACAACACUUUUACUACAGGGUUGCUGUGAUUUCAUUAAAAUAUUAUGCAAAUUGUGGCGCCAGGAGAUUUUCUCCCGAAUUUGACAGUGGCAUAUUUUCAUAUCGGCCAGUAUUCCAACACCAUUCCGAUGUAUAGACACACUGUAAGAACAUAUCUGCACAUGCAAAUGAUGUAGAAAUGAAUUACAGGUAUUCCAUACACCAAACAAUUGCGAAAAUCAUAGUAAAAAGUUAAAACACGACUAUUUUGGAAAGUGGUGGCGCUAUACAGUAGUGGUGGCGCUGUUGUAUAUGAUUAGUGGCUGAUAUAUUCAAUUUUGAUAUAUGAAAAUGUCUGACUGCAAGCCACGGACAUUUCUACAAUAAUUGAUGUUAAUAACCUAUCCCACACUACACCCAAAUUACGUUACUCAACAAAAUACAUGUUGUAACCUCUACAUGAUCGCAAAAUAAUCUACAUGAAUAUGGAUUCAGAUUGUACAUCUAAGCUCUAUUGAUUAAUCGUAUUUAAUCAAUUGGAAUUGAAAAUGUACUGUACUCACUUUUCAGAAAGGUCUUUUGUUUACAAUGACAUGUAAACGACAUAUAAAAACAAUGGGGAGUAACUUUCAGAAUCUUAAUAUAACAAAUAAAUUCUACACUAUCUUCAAAAUAUUUCCUGGACACAAAUCUUUGUUUGAAAUAAAAGUAUUGCUACUAUUUUUCUUGACCUGAAUUUAAAGUACACUUACGUUUGUAUUUAAGAAGAAUAUUUAAAGGUUAGAAAUAAUUCUACAUUAACAUUUUAAUUAACAAAGGAAAAUAUUUACUUUGACUACAAGAGUCCCAAGGGUCUGUGAGUAUUUUAUUUUUUUUUUUUUCUUGAAUAAAGAGUGUUUCAUAAAGGUAAGUGAAAUAUGAUCGAUUCUUUCUUUAAUAACAUAAUUCAUUACAGGAAAAUUAUCAAUUAGAGAAUGUUUUUGUUUGUUUUGUUCCGAAUGCGUCAGCAGUUCGUAUUACUGAAUGCCGUAACAGCGCCACCACUACUGUAUAGCACCCGCCCGCUUAGCUCAGUAGGUAAGAGCAUUGGUCUACGGAUCGCGGGGUCGCGAGUUCGAUCCUCGGGCGGGGCGUAUGUUCUCCGUGACUAUUUGAUAAACGACAUUGUGUCUGAAAUCAUUAGUCCUCCACCUCUGAUAAUUCAUGUGGGGAAGUUGGCAGUUACUUGCGGAGAACAGGUUUGUACUGGUACAGAACCCAGGAACACUGGUUAGGUUAACUGCCCGCCGUUACAUGACUGAAAUACUGUUGAAAAACGGCGUUAAACCCAAAACAAACAAACAAAACUACUGUAUAGCGCCAUCACUUUUAAAAAUCCUUGUAUAUUUCUUCUAACCCGAGAUUCUAUUAUUCAUGGUGUGUGCUUAUAUAAUUAUUUAUCAUUUCUACACCAUUUGCAUGCGCAAGUAUGUUCUUACAGUGUGUCUAUUCAUCGGAAUGGUGUUUGAAUACUGGCCAAUAUGAAAAUGCGCCACUGUAAGAUUCGGGAGAAAAGCUCCUGACACCACAAUUUACAUAUUAUUUUAAUGAAAUCACAGCCAACCUGUAGUAAAAGUGUUGUUACAUGGAACUACAUUCUCCGAUUUUCGAAAAAAGUUCUAUCAAUGAAGAUAUAAGAUAAAAUAUAAAUUUUACUCACGUGUUUACAAGUAGAAACGGGUGAUAGCUGCACCACGGAAAUGUCGAUAGCUCUUUUCCUUAUCACCACAAUUUGGUGGUGGCGCUAGCGUUUAGAAGCCGUGUAAUGCUAUGAAAAUCUUGUAAAUAUGUUAGAACUAUUGGAAAACUUAUAGUCAUUUAAUGAAGUUAUUUAGAAUAUAUGUUGUUUACAACAGUGGUAUUAAUUGAAACCAUCAAUUUCAUAUACAUGUAUUUUUAAUAUCUCGGAGACAUAAGUAUCUUUUAAUGUAAAAGUAAGCAUAUAGUUAAAGGGAGAGAAAUAGGUAAAAAAUGAAAGUCUUAUAUUAGGAACAUUAAAAUAUAUAAAUUUCCAAGUAGAGACAGCCUGUAGAUUUGGUAACAUUUACAACUGAUUUUACUGUUACUAAUAUCCCAGAACAGUUCAACUCAACCAGUUUAAAACUGGCAUGAAUAAUAAUAAGCAUUAAAUCAAAACAGAUUUUAAAAAAUUGGCAGAUUCUAAACAAUGCAAACAUGUCUGUUUGUUUUUAAAAUCACAAAAUCAAAGUAAUUGCAAAAGUACUGCCAACUACAGCACCUUAGUUUUUGCUCUUAAUGACUUUUCACAUUUAACAAGUUACUUGUGAUAUCAUUUCAUUAUCAGGUAUUUUAUAGAUAAAGUUAUGUGUAUACUAAGAUAAAUCAUUCCCUUCAUAUAAUUCAAUUUUGAUUAUAUACCAGUAUUUUCCCCGUUGCUGAUAAGAUUACAAUGUUUGAUAUUUUAUUUCAUUUUGCUGUACUGAUGAUGUAAAACCAUGGCUGUAGUGACUGUUGACGCAACCAAGGCACUUGCCUUGGUCAGUUUUUCUCCCUAUUUUGUCUUGGCUGAUUUUUCUGCCCAAGUUAAAGUGUCUCAGAAAAUUGAUAUAUUUCACAUUUUCCUGUAGGAUGGUGUAGAUGGGGAUAUCCUCUCCCAUCUUAUCCACAUAGGUGUCGUCAAAUUCUCCAAAGAACCAUGUACGAGUUACCUUUCUAACAUGCUCCAUCAAAUUUAGCCUCUCACCAUGGCACUGAAAACUACAGUGGUUGUAUUUCUUAAAGCAAACAUUUUUAAAUGUCCUGAUAUGGUCAUCUUAGCACAAAACAGCGGAUAAAUGCACUGACUUAAGGAGGCACUUAUCCAGCUAUUGUGCCGAGGCAAUGAUAUGGUCAUCUAACAGUGAAAAUGUGUUAUCAACUUAUCAGCUAUGUACUGUUUACUGUUAUACGUGUAGGUAAGGUUGAGCUGGCUUCAUAUUUAUCAUAAAAUGUAUACCUUCAUAUAAAUUCCAGAAUAUUAUGUUUCAUGUACAUUAUUGACGAGCUCGCUUGCGGUUAGCUAGACUUAGUUGCCACUUUUGGCAGAUCGGUGUAUGUGCGUCUGUGUGUGCAUCUGAUUUUGUCUGGACUAUAACUUUGCCAUGCAUGGACCAAUCUUGUUUAUAUUUGGCAUGAAUGUUUACCUCAAUGAAAAGGCGUGUCAUGCGCAAAGCCCAUAUUCCUAUCUAAAAGGUCACAGUUGGAGAUCAAAGGUAAAAUUGAAGUUUGUCCGGAGCAUUUCUUCUUCAUGCAUGGUGGGAUUUUGAUGUAACUUGGCAUGAAUAUUCACCAUUAUAAGACAGUGUGUCAUGUGCAAGAACCAGAUCCCUAGGUCAAGGUCACACUUGACAACUGGUGGGCUCGACAUUCUGCCUGUGGGCAUAUUUGUUAUUUUGUUUCCUUGGAUUCUGGUUGUGCUGAGACUUGGCAAACUUAGAUAUAGUCAUUCAGACUAUUUUUCUGCCAAGUUUCAUGUGGAAUCUUUGAAAUCUGAGAAAAUUGUAGCAAAAUAAAUAAUAUGGAGCAUAGUUCUAAAUUUUGGACAUGGAUAGAUAUUGGCCUUUAUGAGUUAUGAUUUGCAUGGUUCAUCAUGUGAUAUCUGUUAUUUUUGCUUACAAGGCAAGUUAUGAGUGGAAAUCAACAACAACACUUUUUAAGCUCUCCAACUUUCAAGUGUUUCGCUUGAAAGUGAAACAAAGACUGUUUUUAAACACUUGGAUAAUUUCACGUUGUUUCAACACUUUGAUAAUUCCGUAUAAUGUCUUGUUAAUAACUCUGGCCCAAUGAUAGAUUCAAGGUUUAAGCUGCGGGCUGAAGGUCAAUAUGACUGAUGUAGGAUGUCGUGAAAACACAUUAUGUUCAUUUACAAUUUGAUUAGGUAGCCACUUUAAAUGUUUUAAGUUAUAUACUUGUUAGUAACAUGAUUUCACUUACAUGGAAUGAUACCCCGUGUUUCCAUUCUUUUAUAUGCCAUAAAAUUGACACAUUCUGAUAAAGACUGUAUUGAAAUUUACGAGAAAAAAUCUUGUAUUUGUCCAGUUAUUACAGACUUGUGAAAUAGUUUGCAUUCUGGUAUAUAACUGUACAGACUUGAACGACUAUAAUAAGGCCUAUUGAUUGUAAUUAUGUUAUAAUAUGCUAUAUAUUAUAUAAAUCACAAAUUUUGAUGUAAUUUUCUCUUGGCUCCUUAUAAAGGACAAGAAAUCCAAGGAAUGUAGCAGCCCAAUGUUAUAUUUGCUACUCAGUGUUAAUCUUGAAGAAUAGAAGUUUUUGUUUGUAAAUACAGAGAGUAUAUAAACAGAAAAUAUAGGAGAUAUGAUUGUUUUUGCUGUGAUAAUAGCUUUAUUCUUAUAUUUACAUUUUUUGUUCACAUAAAUGUAUAAUUCUUGCAUUAGAACAUCAUUUCAAUUCCUCUUAGGUGUAUGUUGCAUUGUUUUGUUUUGAUAAUUAUAAACAAAUUAAUAAACAUAAAGAAAACGA